UGUUUAUACCCGCAGUAGCGCUCCGCUAGCCUUCAGUGUAGCUCGAAGCUCGGUCGGAGUUAGACGUGUCACGCUUAUUCUUCUGAACUUCCGACGCUCGAAACGAAAUGAUCGCGCAAAGAAGUUGUAAAUGAUGAUGCGUCGAGUUCGGUUGUGAUUUUGUGCGCGAUUAUGCGACUUAGUAAUUCAGACAAAUAGUGAAAAUGUUGUUCCUGAUUUUCGGUGUAUUGCUCCUACUGGGAUUGAGUGAUGGUGCGAAGUUUGAGGGCAGCGAGUUGUGCUCGUGGUUGCCCGACAACAACGAAGGGAGUUCAAAGUUGGCCGUUUCCUGCAAUGUAAAACUGCUGGAUCAUAAGGCAGGCAACCUGAGCAAUAUCCCUCAAGAAUUGACCUCCCGGCUAAAAAUCCAAUGUUCCAACACGAUUUUCUUUGAAAGCAUUCUGCCCUCCAACUUGCAGAAGUUGCAUGAACUCGAGGUGCUGCAGAUCCGCAACUGCAAGCUGCUCACUAUCGAGCCCAACGCUCUCCAAGGCCUCUAUAAUCUGAAGAGGCUCUUGAUCAACGGAUUCAACUCCCAAUGGGGCCCGGCGAAAAAUCUGGAAAUUAACAGCCAGAGCUUCCAUGGCCUCAAAGAGCUGCAGGUGCUGGACCUGGCCGAGAACAACAUUCGGGCCUUGGCCGACGAGGCGUUUUGCACGCUUCUCAACUUGCAAACGUUGAAUCUGACCAGAAAUCGAAUCCGCAGCACCGACAUGAUCGGAAUCAGCCAUCCGGAGUGCAACUCCAUCGAGCUUCAGAACCUGGAUCUGAGCCACAACGAGAUUAGGCUUCUGAGCGAGGAGAGCGGCUUUGGCAAGCUGCGACGGCUGCAGCAUCUGAACUUGCAGUUUAACAACAUCAGCGAAGUGUCCGGGGAAAGUUUGGCAGGCCUGGUGAGCCUCAAAGUCUUGGAUUUGUCCAAUAACCAGAUCGGGGCGCUGCCUCAAGGAUUAUUUGCCGGCUCGCCAGAGCUCAAAGAGAUCCACCUCCAAAACAACUCGCUUUACUCAUUGGCCAAAGGCCUGUUUCAUCGGCUCGAGCAGCUGUUGGUGCUGGAUCUGAGUGGCAAUCAACUCACCAGCAACCAUGUAGAUAACGGCACGUUUUCCGGCCUGAUUCGCCUUAUAGUGCUCAAUCUCUCCCACAACGCUCUCACGCGCAUCGAUUCUCGCACCUUCAGAGAUCUGUUUUUCCUGCAAAUUUUGGACCUACGGAACAACUCCAUUGGGUUUAUUGAGGACAACGCCUUCCUGCCACUGUACAAUUUGCACACGCUUAACCUGGCCGAGAAUCGACUAAACACUAUCGGGCCGCAGCUGUUCAACGGCUUGUUUGUCCUCAGCAAGCUGACUCUCAACAACAACCUGGUGGUUUCAGUAGAUCCGCGUGCGUUUCAAAAUUGCAGCGCCCUCAAAGAGCUAGAUUUGAGCUCAAAUGCGCUGGCCGAGGUUCCGGAUGCCAUUCAGGAACUUUCGUUCCUCAAGACGCUGGAUUUGGGCGAGAAUCAGAUCAGCUCGUUCCGGAACGGGUCAUUUAAGAAUCUCAACCAGCUGACUGGAUUGAGGUUGAUUGAUAACACCAUUGGAAAUUUGACUCGUGGGAUGUUGUGGGACUUGCCCAGCCUGCAAGUGUUGAAUUUGGCGAAGAACAAGAUCCAGACCAUUGAGCGGGGGUCUUUCGACCGCAACACUCAAAUCGAGGCCAUUCGCCUGGACGAGAACUUCCUGGCUGAUAUCAAUGGGAUUUUCGCCGAGUUAGCCAGCUUGUUAUGGCUGAACCUAUCGGAAAACCACUUGGUUUGGUUCGACUACGCCUUCAUUCCCCGCAACCUUAAGUGGCUGGAUAUCCAUGGGAAUUUUAUUGAAAAUCUGGCCAACUACUACAAGAUCCAGACGGAGAUCGAAGUGAAGACAUUGGACGCCAGCCAUAAUCGCAUCACCGAAAUCAAUCCGAUGUCCAUCCCCAAUAGUGUGGAACUGCUCUUCAUCAACAACAAUUUUAUCAAGAAAGUGCACCCCAACACGUUCCUAGAUAAAAGGAGCUUGGCUCGUGUGGACAUGUACGCCAAUGAUCUGAUUUAUCUGGACAUCACUGCACUGCGAGUGGCCGAUUUGCCCGAUAACAAGUCGCUUCCUGAACUCUACCUUGGAGGAAACCCUUUCCAUUGCGACUGCACGAUGGAGUGGCUGCAAUCGAUCAACAGCAAGAACGGCUCGAAGAGCCACAUGAAAUAUCCACAGGUGAUGGAUCUGGAUAAUGUAAUGUGCAAAAUGACCAACGCCAAAGGAAUGAGCCACAUGCCACUCAGCCAGGCAAAAGUGAGCGACUUUGUCUGCAUUUAUGAGACGCACUGUUUCACUUUGUGUCAUUGUUGUGACUUUGAUGCAUGCGACUGCGAAAUGACUUGCCCGAACAACUGCAGCUGCUACCACGAUCAGACCUGGAACACCAAUGUGGUAGACUGUUCGGGGCAGGGCGCCGCUGAGAUUCCCCAAAAAAUCCCCAUGGACGCCACUGAAGUCUAUUUGGACGGGAACUACAUUCGGGAGUUGCAGAACCACGCCUUUAUCGGCCGCAAGAACUUGCGAAAUCUGUUUGUAAACAGCAGCAACGUGGAGGCCAUCCAGAACAGCACCUUUAACAGUCUGCAUGCUUUGCAGGUGCUCCAUUUAGAGGACAACAAUUUGCGCGAGCUUAAAGGAUACGAGUUUGAACAUUUGGACAAGUUGCAGGAAUUGUACCUGCAAAACAACUACAUCGAUCGCAUCGGCAACCGAAGUUUUGAGCCGCUGGUUUCCCUCAAAAUUCUGCGACUCGAUGGCAACAAGUUGACAGUGUUUCCAGUGUGGCAAUUUUCGUGGAACCGCGACUUGACCGAAAUUAUGUUGGCAAACAAUCCGUGGUCGUGUCGUUGCAAAUUCCUGCAAGAACUUACGAAAUGGGUGGCGGACAAUGCGGUCAAAGUGCUGGACAGUGGCAGCUUGCUCUGUUCCAUCCCCGACACCAAGCCGGCCCAAAAUCGCGAACUGGACUUCAACUCCACCGUGUGCAAAGACUACUACGCAGGCAGUUCCGUAAUUGACUCUAUGCUAGUGAGCGACUACUGGCCAAUGGUAGUGGUGACUCUUUGCGUGGUCAUUCUUAUGCUUCUGGUUGUAGUCCUCUGGUUUAUCUUCCGCGAUCCGGUUCGCGUUUGGCUCUAUUCGCGUUAUGGUGUGCGGCUGUGCAACUUCAGGGACUCUGGCUCUAAACAGUUUGAUGAUGGCGACAAGCUCUAUGAUGCCUUCGUGUGCUACAGCCCUAAGGAUGAGGAGUGGGUGGUGCACAGCCUUGCUGCAGAGCUAGAGCCCAAAUACCAGCUCUGUCUUCACUAUCGGAACAUGCCGAACAGCUCCUACAGCCAGCAUGCUGUGCCAGAGGCUGCAGAGGCGAGCCGCAGGCUUAUCAUGGUGCUCACCAGAAAUUUUCUCGAGACCGAGUGGGCUCGCUACGAGCUACGGCAGGCCUUUCAUGAGGCGCUCAAAGGGCGCGUCUACAAGCUGGUUAUUGUUGAGGAUGGGCCUUUUAACGAGGCCCUGCUAGAUCCCGACCUGAGGCUUUAUCUCAAAACGGCCGAGCGAGUGAGAUGGGGCGAGCGACGGUUUUGGGAGCGACUGAAAUACGCGCUUCCCUCUGUAGACUCGCGGGGGAAAAUCAACGCCAACUACCGGCGCAAUAUCAACAACUACACAAUUGAUUCCAGAGUUGUGCCGAAUGGCACCCACCAUUCCCACCAUCAUUUCCCAGAGAAGAUCCGGGGGCAGGCGCCGCCCUCGCCCAGCAUGCAGAUGAUGCCGCCCCCAGCCUACUCUGCUGGAGUGGCGGG